UGCGCCGCCUUCGUCCGGCCCGGUCGCCUCCGCCGUCGGCCGCCUCCACGGACCGACCUUUCAAGAAUGGCUGAUUCAGAGUUUGAAGAAUUCCGGCAUUACUUUGAGAGACUGCCUCAACAUCUCAAGGCACCGAUAUCAAAUUACACACUGGUCCACGAUGUCAUGGUCGACGAUUCACCGACGUCCUCGCAGGGCAGCGACGGAGACGUCGGUCAGAAUGGUGCAGCCGUGGACUCGGAGGACGACGAGGUUGUCGCGCUUAUUCAUCGUCACGGAAACCACAGCGAGCAGAGCUCAGGAGACGACGACGAAGAGCUAGACCACCACUGUUCCAUCGUAGCUGACAGCGACUUUAGCUUGUUCGGUGGACUGAGCAGUAGGAGGCGAUCGGUUUCCGGGGCUGGAGGAGGACAAGGAAGAUCGGAAGGUGGAGGCUGCGGCAGGGAGAGUGUAAUCAGUGACGUAGGUGACUCCUGCUCGAGCCUCAGCUCCUGGCCCACUCCGGAACACGUGCCGUCAAAUCGUAGCGGAAGCGGGUGCACCGCAAGCGGCGAACGCAGGCGGAGACGACUUCCGGAGAUUCCAAAGACGAAAAAAUCCGUGUCGAUGUGCCAUUCGUCUCUUCACUCGUCUCCGUCGCUCGCCGACGAGCUGGGGGCGGCAACGUCAACGGCGGGACGGCCGCAUCUCGUUCUGAGGAAGUAUCAUCCGCGUCUCCGUCACGAGGAUAGUUCCCCGGACAGCGAGAGAAUGACGACGGACAGUGGCCACUCCACCGCUCAUUCCCCAGACAACGGGCCCAAGAGUGUGUCUCCAAUUCCGUGCAGUACCGUACAGAAUACGAACUCAGUCUCGCCGAGCAGCACGCCAGGUAGCGGUGGAGUUCCUUUCACGCAGCUGGAACUACUGGAGGCGACUCAUCGCGGGCUGCACAAGUUUGUGCCGCGACAUCACGACGAAAUCGACUUAGAGAUCGGGGACCCGAUAUACGUGCAGAAGGAGGCUGACGAUCUUUGGUGCGAAGGUGUGAACCUGAGGACUGGCAGACAAGGUAUCUUCCCUUCGGCUUACGCGGUGGACAUGGACUACAGCGACUUCGAUCCUUCGGCUCCGAAGGUGAAACGGGAACGAUACCUACUGGGAUACCUCGGAUCGGUGGAGACUCUUGCUCACAAAGGAACGGGCGUCGUCUGCCAAGCCGUUCGCAGAAUCGUCGGUGCCCCGAGUCAGGAAUCGCCCGCGUCUCAGAGUUGCAUUCUAGAAGUGUCUGACCAGGGUUUGCGGAUGGUCGACCGGAGCAAACCGCAGAAAAAUCGAGGCCCUUGCCACGACUACUUCUACUCGCUGAAGAACGUCUCGUUUUGCGCUUUUCAUCCACGGGACCAUCGCUAUCUCGGAUUCAUAACGAAACACCCAACGCUCCAGAGGUUCGCCUGUCACGUAUUUAUUGGCCAAGAGUCGACGCGACCUGUUGCCGAAGCAGUUGGGAGAGCCUUUCACCGGUUCUACACGAAAUUCAUCGAGACUGCUUUCCCCAUAGAGGACAUCUACAUAGAGUAAUGAAUUGCUGAAAUAUAAGUUGCUGUUGACGCUGACGAUCUCAUUCCCUUGUAAAUACCACCCCUUAGCUGAUUUAGCCUUAUAUGUACUAAGUCUAAAUCAAAUGCCCAAUAUAAACAAUUACGAUAAUAAAGAAUCGUUAUUCGCAUGGUAAAAAAACUGCGACGUGUUCAGCCUUUGCAGAAAAUAUUUCGCGCCGGUUCGCCUAGAUACAAGAAAAUACGUACGGUAACGUUAAUUUUUCUUUCUGUAGCGGCUGUACACCCUCAGCGAUUAAAUUAGUUUUUCGUGGUAUAUCGUUUUCGCACGACGAAAUGUAUUAUUCGAAGAGAUUGAAAACUUUGAGAAAAAUUGUUUUUAAUAUGUACUAAACUUCGCGCAUUUAUACAUAGAUAUAAUACAGUGACGAUUGGGCGUUCGAUUUUCACAAUUGGUGUACUGAUGGACUGUUGAGAACUCGCAAGGUGAGCCUUUCGAUCAAUUGCAAAUUCUUACCAGAGAUGAUAUUAAUUAUAAUAAUGAAAAAAAGCCUUAACAUGACCACGGACGUGUGAAGUACGCAAGUGAUGAGUUACACAUACUUCAAAUACCGAUCCUUUCUGUGUCUUUUCAAUGAGCUGCAAAAUUUUUAAAACACUGACUCUGAUUUCAUUCUAUCAAUUAAGAUAACGUAACCACUGUAUUACUAAUACUGUAUAACGUGUAUAAGACAGUGAAUAAUGUCAAUUUGGAAAUGAACUGAUGAGGGGAGGACACGCACCCGGGAUGGCUGGUUUCUUUGAAAUUUGAACCGGUCAAAUCAGAUUAAAUCUCGCUAGAUCCGUAUUUUUUUCCGAACAAUGCGCGGUAGUUGCAAAAAAAAUCAUGUGGAUCUAAUCUGAUCUAAUGACAAAAAAUCGUUCACUAGCUUUUUGACAGCUGUGAAUACUAGUUACAGUACCUACAUUCCAAAUGAAUUACUUUCUUCCGACAGAAAACUUGCAUUUCAUGAAAUGAAUAUUGUGAAAAAACAUGUUACAACAGCAAUCUUUGUCAAACUGAAUACAAGAAUGAAAUAAAGUAAAUACCCUGCAAUAAUCUUGGGGAAAUUGGGUUUUAGCGAAAUCGUCUGGAUUCUGGACACGUUGUAGAUCUCCGUGAGCACGACCCUCUGCUGUGAAUAGUUUGGACGCUAAAAACCACCGUUGACGUCCCAUGGAGACUUUUUUUCAGACUGCCAAUAUCUACAACUUAUCAAAAAUCCAGACGAUUUCAAUCAAAAACCGAAUUACCAUAAGAUUAUUGCGGGGUUGUUUCUUUAUGUGACAACAACAAAUGUUACCUACGCUUUAUAAAAUCAUUUGUAACUUCGUCCUGAUCCCAUUUUCAGCAACUAUCAAAAAUAUUCGGAUUCUCGUGCAUAAACUGCGAACUUUCAGAUAAACAUGGUAAAUUUCAAAUCAAAGUUGAUAACGAUAGAAUAAUAACGAAUAUUUAUGGAAAAGAGCGUUCCAGAGGAUUUACUCUAAUUGUAAAACAGAUUUUACGGUCAGGAAAAUUAGUUUCUUCUCAAUUGAUAAUCCCUUGGGCCACACUUUUUCCCCGUGAUAAGAUACAAUAAGAAUGCGAGUAUAAAAAUUAAUUUGUUCGAAAUUGAAAGGUUAAUAAACGUAUUUCUGAUAACGAGUAAAAGCUAGCGGGCUGGUACCUACUUGCAGAAUUUUAGCAUAUCAGCUCGUACAAACAUUAAGAUAUCGAAAUUACAGGAAAGUUGAAAUUUCUCCCACGUAUCACUUACUAAUAAUUGGUGGAAUGGGCAAUUAUACGCAUAUAUUUAUGAAGGAGAACAGUAUAAAUUUUUAGACUGACGAAAAGGGAUGCCAUCUAAGUAAGUUUGGUAUACGUGAUUUUUCGGCAACCAGUGUCCAUUGGUCAGGAAAAAAGUGCGGGUCUAUAAAUGAAAUUCAGUUUUAUUUCACCAGUUCGAAUUUCAAUAAAAUUGGUCAUCCUGGGUGCGUGUCAUUUUCUUGUGAGUGCGUUUAACUUAUAAUUAUCGAUAUUGUCACGCGAUUUAUUGCAGGGAAACGGGAAUGGAACAAAUCAAAUGGUUCUUUUACCGGCUUGUAUAAGAUUGAAAUUACAAGUAGAACAAAUGACAUAAUAAAUGGAUGAUAAAAUUUGAUUAGCUUGUUAUGCGGAAGAAAAAAAAUGUGCCCAAACGUAUACAUUGUCAUUAAUACAACAAUUAGUAUAAACAACAGUUUGGAGUGGCAAUGUAAUAAUCAUUGUAUACAGUCACCGUAUAUUAUAAUUAUCUAAUAACGUAAGAGAUAAAAGUAUACAUAUGAGGGAAUAAAAUUAUUCAACAAGUCUGAGGUUCGUUUUUGAUCCAGAUUGCAGGUGCUGGAAAUACUAUUAGCUUUAGCUUCACGUUUUUGCAUAAUAUUAGCGGAAAAUACUUACUUACCUGAGUGACUCGAUAUUUGUGGAUUUAUUGGAAAUUUCCAACAUCACUAUUGAAAAACAAUAUCGGGACGAGUUUAAGUAACUACAAAUCGUACAAAUUAUUUUUCGUUAUUUUAAUAAUAAAUUUCAAUUAAGUAAGUGACAAAGUUACAUCUUUCAAACUUGGCAAGCCCUAAUAGUUGAAAGCAUCGUAUCCUAUAUCGGUCUUUGCAGGCCGGCCGUGAAGUCGAAAAGUUUCGGAUUCGUGAAUCGCCCUCGCAUGUCAAGAAUGUAAUGCAUCAUAUCUCCUUUCACUUUUAUCGGGAGGUGAACUUUUGCUUCGGCUCUGUUCAGCUUGCAACAUACCUGUAUAAAUGAAUUAUUCGAAAAUUAAAAAUGAUGUGUUUGGAAAUGUAAAAUAUUUGUCAAGCCUGUGAAUAAUGGUGAAACAGUUUCACGGACUUUUGUCAACAAAACAAAUUGUCCGUUAUUUCUUUUACACAACGUCAAGCUUUACCGAAUAGCUUAUAUGCUGUAGUAAGCUCCGUUUCAUGAAAUAUUACAAACUUGGUAACUCAAAAAAUAUUUUCACAAAUCUGCAAAGAUUGAAGUUUUAUUGAAUUGCUCGUGGCGAUUAUACGAUCUGCUCAUAAAGUAAUGGUAAUUUACUUCUCGUAAAGUGCGUGAAUAGCCGAGGCUAUCAAGGGAAAACGCGGCUCCAGGAACUCCCACACACACACACACAUAUAUAUAUAUAUAUAUACACUACAUAUAUAUAUACAUUUAUAUAUGUAUAUACCUUAUCCAGGGGAACCGUCCUCGUCCUGGUCCCUCCAAACGGAGUGUGCGUAAUGAAGGUGAGCUUAUUUCCACCCUUGCGCAAGACGAGAUAUUUAACGGACUUCAAUGUAUGCAUCCAUGCAAACGCGAACAUCGCGUACCCUGUGAAUAAUAAAUAAAAUCGAUGAUGGUGAACACAGGAAAAAUUGUGAAAUAAAUUCGGUUGUAAUAAUUUAAUUACCGAUUAGAAAUGUGCAUACAGAGAGAAUGGUCCGAAUCUUUUUUUCGCCAAAGUUGAUACUCCUCCACCAGGGUAAAUUAUCGGCCUGGGAUUUGCUUACAGGGGUAUCCUUCAGCAUGGUAUAAAUAAAGUGGGCCAAAUAUGUCCAAAAUAUUAAUU